AUGCUUGAACAAAUAUUCCUACAAGAAAAUAUUUACACCAAAGAUCGGAUAACAGCUAAUGAUAUGCAUAAAAGGUUGAAAGAAUUCGCAGAUAAUACAACAAGAACUGCGUUGGACUCUAAUUUAGAUAAUGACUCUUCGAUGG